GGAGGGACCACUCUGACUGUCUGUCGGCGAGUGUGCGAGUCCAGCGGAGAGCCGCAUCACACAAGUUUCUUACUAUCCGGACUUUAUCGCUCUUUCUCCUCGGAAUGUGUGAAUGAGCACGUCGCAGGGCAGUGGAUACAACAUGCAUCGAAGCAUUAUCUACCUGAGCGUUUUCUUGGCAGUGGCCGUGUGGGGUCAGAGCAGUAAAGAAUGCCUUGUGAAGAUCGAGUGCCCCAUCAACCUCUACUUUGUCCUUGAUACCUCCGAGACCAUCGCUCUCCAAGAGCCUCCGCCCGGAAGCCUGGUAAAUAGCAUCAAGGAGUUCACAAAGGACUUUGCCGAAAAGCUGGAAGACAAGAAUUACAAGGGACAAGUGCAGAUCACCUGGUCUGUGGGUGGUCUGCAUUACUCCCAGGAUCAGAUUGUCUUCAGCCCAAUUACCAACAAGGGCGAUUUUACAAAGAGACUUGAAAACAUUACAUAUAUAGGGAAGGGCACCUUCACUGAUUGUGCCUUAGACAGGAUGACCAAGGAGAUGGUGAGUCACAGAGGGAGCUUGGUCCACCGCGGUGAUAAUGAUGUCCAGUUGGGGAAGAAGACCGCUGACUUUGCUGUAGUCAUCACAGACGGUCACGUCACAGGCAACCCUUGCGGUGGCAUCAAGGCGUCAGCGGACCGGGCGAGGGAUGAGGGAAUCAAAAUCUUCUCCGUGGCAGCCAGCCAGAAGAUAGAUGAGCUCGGCCUUAGGGAGGCAGCCAGCUCCCCGGUCGACUUCUUCCGCGACCAUUACAUCGCCGUCACAUUCGCUGACAACAACCCCAAGCUUAUGACUUCAACAAGUGACACCAUCAUCAAAAGAAUACUUCAUCAGGCCUAUAAAGAGUGCUACAAACUGAGUUGUUUAGAGAGACCAGGCCCUCCAGGACCAAGGGGUCACAAAGGUCAGAAGGGAGCUAAAGGAGACAGCGGUGGUCCCGGCCCCAAAGGUGAAAAAGGUCGGCAGGGUGACCCUGGUAUCGAAGGUCCAAUUGGUCGUCCUGGUGCAAAGGGUGCACCUGGUCAUAAAGGUGAAAAGGGUGACACUGGAUUUCAAGGCAGCAAGGGUGUAGCUGGUCAAUCAGGCCGAAAUGGCACCGAUGGUCAGAAGGGUAAACCUGGACGAAUUGGACCUCAUGGCUGCAAAGGAGAUCCAGGUGAAAAGGGAUCUGAUGGUUUUCCUGGCGAACCGGGCGAUGAUGGAGCGCCUGGAUUUGAUGGAGAAAAGGGAGACCCUGGUCGCCCUGGGAGACCAGGACCCCCUGGUGAAAAAGGAGAAGAAGGACCAAAGGGUGAGCGAGGAAGUCCAGGUUCACCCGGGUACCCCGGUCAGAAGGGGUCUUUAGGACCACCAGGAGAACCUGGGCCAAAAGGGGAACCUGGUAGAAGGGGGGACAUUGGACUGAAGGGAUCACCUGGACGUCCAGGACCGAAAGGAGAGAAGGGUGAGCCUGGGCCAGAGGGACAAAGAGGACUUCCAGGGGAAUCAGGAAAUAAAGGAACCAAGGGAGAUAUCGGGCUACCGGGACCAAGGGGUCUUCCAGGAGACAGUGGGGUACAAGGGAGAAAUGGUUCCCGUGGAGAACCAGGCGAUCCUGGGCCCAGGGGAGAUCCUGGUCCACGAGGACCCAAGGGUGAUCCAGGAAGGCCUGGGUACAGCUAUCCCGGACCAAGAGGGCCCACGGGCGACCGUGGUGAAAAAGGAAAGCCUGGUGCCCAGGGGAGCAGAGGCAACUGUGGGCAGAAAGGAGAACCUGGCACUAAAGGCCUGCCAGGUGAACCGGGUGAGCCAGGACCUGAUGGCGAGCCUGGACCAAGAGGACCCAAGGGGGAACCUGGAAAUGAUGGAGACCGUGGCCUCCCGGGUGACCCUGGCCUCACUGAAUGUGAUGUCAUGACCUACGUCCGGGAAACGUGCGGUUGUUGCGACUGCGAGAAGGUCUGUGGAGCCCUCGACAUCGUCUUUGUGAUCGACAGUUCAGAGAGCGUGGGCCUGUCCAACUUCACCCUGGAAAAGAAUUUUGUCAUCAACACCCUUAACAGGAUGGGCUCCAUCGCAGAGGACCCUGCUGCUGAGACAGGAACACGUGUUGGUGUGGUUCAGUACAGCCACAAUGGCACCUUCCAGGUCAUUCAUCUCAACGAUUCCAAAAUCAACUCCCUCUCUGCCUUCAAGGAGGCGGUGAAGAACUUGGAGUGGAUUGCCGGGGGCACCUGGACGCCGUCAGCCCUAAAAUUCGCCUAUGACAAUCUGAUACGGGGCAGCCAGCGGGCAAAGGCCAGGGUGGCAGCUGUGGUGAUCACGGACGGGCGUUACGACCCACGUGACGAUGACUCCCUGUUGCGCUACCUCUGCGAGAGCCCUGGGGUGGAUGUGAAUGCCAUUGGCAUCGGUGACGUGUUCCAUCAGGGCCAAGACAAUGAGACCCUGUCAUCCAUCACGUGUAAUAAGAAGGACCGCGUCAAGUCCCUGACCAGCUUCACUGAGCUGGUGGCAGAGGAGUUCAUUGACCAGAUUGAGACCGUGCUCUGCCCCGAUCCACUAAUUGUGUGCCCAGACCUCCCCUGCCAAAUGGAUGUGGCUGCCCCCUGGAAUGGGCUCCUGGCAUCCGAAACCCUGCCAGAGGUGUGGUUGGGGAACCUCAUCCCCAGCUCGCCUCCUGACAUCUCGCACUGGCUCAGCUCCCUGAAGGAGGAGCCGCAGGGCCCUGAAGCCUUCAGCAAGAUGGUGGCCACCAUGGCUUACACGGCAGAGCGGGCCAAGUUCAGCACGGACCAUCAGAGGCAGGAGUGGGCCCAGCUGUUCACAGAAUCAUUCAGGAUGGUGUACAGCGGCAUUAUGGGCAACGCUGACAAGGGCCCUGAGCUGUGUUAGACAGGAAAACCUAAGUAGCACAUUGGGCCUCACCACUAUUACCGGCAAGAAUCACAAACCUGACGAUCGCGAGCGUUCUUUUUGGGUCCAUCAAGAUACACUCUAAAAAGUAAAAUUGCCCUUGUUGGAUCAGUAUGGGGCAGAACGCGCAUAGAUUUACAACUCGGCCCAGAUUAUUGGGUUAUAUGAGCUCUUGCAUAAUGGAUGAUGGUUUUCAGUAAUACAGGGCAUUAUGAAAACAAUGACACUGUGAUUUUCCUGACUCAGCUGUGAAUAAUUCUGAAAAAAAUAACACAGGGAAACUUGUCAGGUAUUGGGAAAAUAACAGCAGAAAAUAUCAUUUCAUUCCAAUCUAGGUGGACUGAAACAAUUUGGUGUGUUCUGUCCAGUGUUGACCCUGCAAAGGCUUUCCUUUUUUAAAGCGUGCUACGAAACUUCAUAUUCUGUAAUCCUCAACUGCAUUUCAUAUAAAAGACUUUUAUUAGCUAAAACUGAGACCUAAAAAUUGGCUAAAAAACAUUGUUGGGUUUGCACUUUGAAUUGUGUCCAGGCGUGCAUUAGCUUGCAUAUGCAUGUCAUUGAUCGUUAUUAUAAUCUACAAGAUAACAUGACUGAAAGACAAUAUUUGACAAAAUCAGUUCUGAAUGUCUUUUUAAAUUUAACAAGGAAUGAAAUAAUGUGCAGGAAACAGAAUUCAUUCAAAGACAAUAAUGUUUCCACUGGAUUAUAUACCACUUCUAAAAGGUGUAAUCAAUACAUUAAUGACAGAAGUAAAGGGACACUUCUGGAACAUAGAUAUCUUAGCUUUAAACACUAAUUCUAAGAGUUGUAUAAAUUUGCCUUGGUACCAAAAGUUGGGAAAAAUUACUAAAUUUCUGUAGCAAAUAAAAUUUUCCACAAUAUACCUGUGACUGCAAUAUUUAAUCUAAUGGAAAUAUUACUGGAAAAUUAGUUGGCAGUUAUUUUUCAUGAAAUGCGCAAUUUUGAUUUGUACAUUUUUGUGGCCUUUUGCUAUUACAUUGAUUGUAAUUGCUAAUAAAUCAUUUGUCGCAUACCAA